AAAAAGCAAGUGAGUCAAACAAAGAUCCGGGUGAUCUCUACCAUCCUCUUCAUCCUGGCAGGCUGCAUUGUCUUUGUGACCAUUCCUGCAGUUAUCUUCAAACACAUUGAAGGAUGGACAGCCUUGGAGUCCAUCUACUUUGUGGUUGUCACUCUGACUACUGUUGGCUUCGGUGACUUUGUAGCAGGAGGAAAUGCUGAAAUCCAUUACCGGGAGUGGUAUAAACCCUUAGUGUGGUUCUGGAUCCUUGUUGGCCUUGCCUAUUUUGCUGCUGUCCUGAGUAUGAUUGGAGACUGGUUAAGAGUCCUGUCCAAGAAGACGAAAGAAGAGGUUGGAGAAAUAAAAGCCCACGCAGCGGAGUGGAAAGCGAACGUGACAGCCGAGUUCAGAGAGACACGGAGGCGGCUCAGCGUGGAGAUCCACGACAAACUUCAGCGGGCAGCCACCAUCCGGAGCAUGGAGCGCAGGCGCCUGGGCCUGGACCAGCGAGCCCACUCCUUAGACAUUCUCUCUCCAGAGAAGCGCUCUGUCUUUACUGCCUUGGAAACAGGACGCUUCAAAGCCUCAUCUCAGGAAAGCAUCAACAACAGGCCUAACAACUUACGCCUUAAAGGGUCAGAUCAGCUUAACAAGCACGGGCAGGGGGCAUCUGAGGACAACAUCAUUAACAAGUUUGGAUCAUCUGCUAAGAUGACCAAAAGGAAAAACAAAGACCUCAAAAAGACCAUCCCUGAGGAUGUGCGUAAAAUUUACGAGACCUUCCGAAACUACUCCUUGGAUGAAGAAAAAAAGGAAGAGGAGACGGAGAAGAUGUGUAAUUCUGAGAACUCUUCUAGCACUGCAGUCCUGACCAACUGCAUCCAGCAGCACUCAGACCUGGAUAAUGGAGUGAUCCCCAACGAAACCAAAGAAAGGGAACAAGAAAACAAAGCAUUACUUGAAGACAGAAAUAAAAUGUAAAAGAUGCUUGACUUGAAUUAACAAUGUUAGUGUUUUUAUAUACGUAUAUAUCGAGACACGUGCCUUAUACAGACUCCUUCUUCAGUCUGAAUUAUAUAGCAUCUAAGAAUAUUUCACUGUGCCAUAAAGACUUAAGCUUGCUCUGCCAAAACAAAUCAGAAACACAGCACUGAAGAAUGGCAACAGAAAGCUACGCACAUGGAAAUUUCAGCCUGUAUAAGAUUACCAGGGCAAGACACAAAGGAAGAGAUUGAACCAUGGCAAUAUCACCAGAGUGCUCCUACCAUGGCAUGACAUUAGACAAAAGGCAGCUAUGUAAGAAGAGCCUUUGAAAGGGAUGAAAAAGAGUGUAUCUUUGUAAUGGAAUAUGCACCCAUGAAGCCCUUCCCUGGUGAUCAAAAAGAGGAGAAAUGAUUGGAGUGAACUAGAAACUUUUAGUAAGGCUUAGUUUA